GGGCGCGCGCAUUCGGUCAUGUGACUGGGCUAAGAUGGCGUCGCCCGGUUCCCGGUGGCUCCUGGCUGUGAGUCUUCUGCCCUGGUGUUGCGCCGCCUGGUCGCUGGAACAUGUGAACCCGCCUUCGCUGCCACCGCUGGUGAUCUGGCAUGGGAUGGGAGACAGCUGUUGUAACCCCAUAAGCAUGGGUGCCAUUAAAAAGAUGGUUGAGAAGGAGAUACCCGGAAUUUACAUCCUGUCUCUGAAGAUUGGAAAGAACAUGAUGGAGGAAGUGGAGAACAGUUUCUUCUUGGAUGUCAAUUUCCAAGUAAUGAUAGUGUGUCAGAUUCUGGCAAAGGAUCCUAAGUUGCAGAAGGGGUACAACGCUAUUGGCUUCUCCCAGGGAGGCCAGUUUCUGAGGGCAGUGGCCCAGAGAUGCCCGUCACCUCCCAUGAUCAACCUGAUCUCAGUUGGUGGACAACAUCAAGGAGUCUUUGGCCUCCCUCGAUGCCCAGGAGAGAGCUCGCACAUCUGUGACUUCAUCAGGAAAACGAUUAAUGCUGGUGCUUACUCCAAAAUUGUUCAAAAACGCCUGGUGCAGGCACAGUACUGGCAUGACCCCAUCAAAGAGGAUGUGUACCGCAACCACAGCAUCUUCCUGGCAGAUAUAAAUCAAGAAAGGUAUGUCAAUGAGUCCUACAAGAAGAACCUGAUGGCCCUCAACAAGUUUGUGAUGGUGAAAUUCCUUAAUGAUUCCGUUGUGGACCCUGUAGAGUCUGAGUGGUUUGGAUUUUACAGAAGUGGCCAAGCUAAGGAAACCAUUCCCCUCCAGGAGAGCACUCUAUACACAGAGGACCGCCUGGGGCUAAAGCAAAUGGACAAAGCAGGAAAGCUAGUAUUUCUGGCUAAGGAAGGGGACCACCUUCAACUGUCUAAUGAAUGGUUUAAUGACCACAUCAUACCUUUUCUUAAGUGAAGCCCUUGCACUUUGCAGUAGAGCUCAGGAAACCCCAGUUCUUCCAAAACAUGUAAACAGCUCUCCAUGCCCAACCCUGAACUCUAAUCUAGCUUGCAAGCAGUUCUCCUCUCCUGUUAUCUAACAUGCCCUACUUGGAAAGAUCUAAGAUCUGAAUCUUAUCCUUUGCCGCCUCUUAUCACCAUAUGGUGUUGAAUUCAAAUUUAAUUAGCUAAUAUCCAUGCAGCUUGUUUUACGACCUUGUGAUAUGGUCAGGCUUACUCUUGAGAAAGGAGUCUGCUGCUGCGGUUCAAUGAUUGUGCCCAGAGGAGACAAGAAAAUGAAGCAUGGGGACAGGUGCUGAGCGCAAAAACCCACAAAUUUGGAGCAAAUAAAAGUCUGGUAGUACCCAGCCCUGAGGUGCUCGCACACAUUCUCACACACAUUCUCAGCACUGCGGCUGUGGGCAGUGGCUGGACAGCAUCACCUGCAUGAUGUUUCUGCGUCCCGUUGAGUGUUGCCUUCUAGUGGCACCUCAUCACUCCACAGGCCACCAUCAUGCUCCCACAGAACUCACCCUGUAUCCUCAGUGAUAAAAUCAGCCACAAAAGGAGGGAACAGCCAGCAGGGUGGCUUAGAGAAGAAAUGCACUUUUUUCUUUCUUUUGAGACAGGGUCUCACUCACUUUGUAGCCCUAGCUGGCUGGAACUCACUAUGUAGAGCAGACUGGCCUUGAACUCAGAGAUUCCCCUGCCUUCUGAGUGCCACCACACCCUAUAACAAUGUGUGUCUUAUAUACCCUGGGAUAGUGGGGAGUGGAGUAGAAGUGAAAAGCCAUAUGACUACUUUGCCACUCCAUUCUUGGUCCUUCAUAUGGCGUCACUUACACCAUUGCAAAUGAGAGGAACGGUCUGAAAGAUGGCACUUUUACACUUCUACCCCAAAUCAUACUUACCAGCACACUCCAAGCUGCUGCUGACUUGAUUCAAGAAAACGAUUGCAGAAAGUAUACUUUCUUUUCCCUCUGGAGACCAAUCCAGAUUAUGACUGAUGAUGACUCUGAUGGUUAAAGGAAAACACUGGCCUAUCACUUCCUGUGAUGUUUGAGCAUGGACCCUUCAGCACCAUGCUGAGUGAUUCCUGUCUAGUUUGGAGAAAUGAUUGCUUUCAUGAAGGCCCCCUGUUAGUGCUACAGAAUCUACCCCUUGCCGGUUUUUUCUUUUCUCAAAUCUACUCUUAAAAUAAAAAGAUGAGAUAAAGGGCAGGAAGCAGGAAGAUGUGAAAAUUACAAGACUGUCUAAAAUAAAUAGUAGUUUCUUA